UCACUGGCGCUUUGUUUAUUGAUGAUUUUUGCACUUGUUUUGCUUUCUGGAUUUGGCGGCACAGCGUAUUUCCGCCAUCAUGUGUUCGAACUCGGCGGGGAUAAAGCUAGAGGUCAAGACUGAGCCGGCUUCGCCGCCGCGGGAGGACGAUGCUGAUCAAAUGGAGGUGGCGCCUUGCCAACUACUGUUCACCGAACAUAUGUCUGUGAAGGUUGAGGUCGAGGUGGAGGGGGGAGAUGAAAGGGAGGGGGUGAAAGAGACAUCAACACGUGGAAAUGAGACAGAGCACUGGAUAGAACCUUGGACUGAAGUGCCGAUUAAAGAGGAGCCAGAAACGGUCCGCGUGAAACCUUCGCGGCCGAGCAGCGAGGCGGGAAUGCAGGCUGGCGUGUACCUCAAGCACGAGAUUGAGAUCGAGCUCGCGCCGGCGUCGGAGUGUCAUCGCUCCGUGUCACCGUACGAAGUUGCUGUGACAACGAGCCAGUCCGAGGAUCACAUUCACACUCACUUACCAGGAUUUAACUUCGCCACAGAAAAAGAAGAUCGCCAUCAAACGCAAGCAGAACACAAAUGCAGCUUUUGUGACUAUAAAAACCACAAAAAAUCAGCCAUACUUACACAUGAGAGGAAACACACUGGCGAAAAACCUUUCCAAUGCGAACACUGUGACUACAGAGCCACGCACAAAGCGUACAUGCGGACUCAUAUGAGAACGCAUACCGAUGAGCGACCCUAUAAUUGCAACUUUUGUGACUUUAAGUGUAGGUUUAAAUCAGGUUUGAUAUCACAUGCUUGGGUACACACAGGAGAGAAAAAAUAUAAAUGUAAGCACUGUGACUAUGCUGCCACGACGGAUCGGCUGCUGCGCUCACACCAAAUGACACACACCGGUGAAAUGCCCUUCCAGUGUAAAAUCUGUAACAUUAAGUGCAGGACUAAACGAAGUCUUUUACGUCACGAAUAUAGUGCACACUCUAGUGAAAAGCGUUUUGAGUGUAAUAAGUGCGAAUUUAAAGGAAAGAAAAAAGAAGAUCUACGAAAUCAUGAGUUGAUACACACAGGGAAGACACUCUACAGUUGUAACUACUGCGAUUAUAAGUUUGUGCAAAAAUCGAACUUGCGGACGCACGAGAUGAGACACACAGGUGAAAAACCUUUUCACUGCGAUCAGUGCGAGUACAAGUGUAAAAUGAACAGGGAUCUACAAAAGCAUCUGAGGGCGCACGCGCGGGGGAAAACCCGUUUUGUUGCGAACACUGCAACUACAAGUGCAGGCAAUGAGCACACUUGAAGUAUAUCUCUCGGAAGAAUAAGACAUUUAACUGGGACGAUCUUUGACAACAUAUUUAUUUAUUUAUACAGAUACGAGCGUUGCAUUCCACCUUUUAAUAGCAAUACAGAGAUAUCUGUCGCUGAAUAAUUUACCUAACCUCUGAAUUAACAUAAAUAUAUGCAACUAUGGGAACAAAUCAAAUUAUUUUAACAAGUAUUUUGAUUUGUG